AUUCUUUUGCUGGGCGACUGGUUGUUGUUAUGGCUGCAUUGUUCGCCUGCACAAAAUGUCAUAAAAGACAUCCUUUCGAGGAACUGUCUUCAAGUGAACAAUUAUGUAAAGAUUGCAGAAACCAUUACCCUGUCGUGAAGUGUACCUACUGUAGAGGAGAAUUUCAACAGGAAGAGAAAGGAAGCAUAAAUUCUAUAUGCAAGAAAUGUGCACAAAAUGUUAAGCUUUACGGAAAGCCCACUGUGUGUGAAUAUUGUAACAUAGUAGCAGCGUUUAUAGGAAACAGAUGUCAGCGGUGUACUAACGCAGAAAGAAAGUGGGGGCCACCCUCAACAUGUGAACAGUGCAAACAGAAAUGUGCAUUCGAUAGAAAUGAUGGAAGCAGGAAAAAGGUUGAUGGAAAGCUUCUCUGCUGGUUGUGUACUUUAGCGUAUAAACGGGUACUAGCCAAAGCAAGAUUACGAGAGGAGGAAGCUAGAAAAAGUAUGGGAUCAACACAACAGAAGCCUGUAGAAGAAAAAGUUGACAAAAUUGACAAGUUUGAUAGCAUAAUGAAUAUUAAACCAGAAGACUCAAAAUAUGAAAAUGUUGGAAGUGUCAGUAGUCGUCAUAGUAACGGUAGUCAAGGAGACCAGGAAAAAUCUGAUUUUCCAGAGGAAGGUGUAGAUUUGCCAAACAGCAGUAGUGGUGGUAGCCAUAGCCACAGUCAUCGCCACAAACAUCAUAAACACCACAGAGACCACCACAGAAGGUCUCAUAGUCGCCACAAACACCACCAUAAACACAAAUCUAGUGAACCCAAUACUCCAUCUGAUACCCCACCAAACAAAGUAUCUCGACUGGACUCUAAAAAUAAUGCCAACGGAUUAACACCCACAAAGAGUUCAGGGCUAAGUAGUAUGUCCUUGUCCAUCCUGAACACAAGCGCAAUGGAGAAAACAGUGGAGGAUCCCCACAGUUCUGAACACCUGAUCGCCCUGCAGCAGUUACAGGAGCAACUGGACGCCGCCAAAAAACAGAUACAAAAUAGAGACCAGCAACUCCUGGAGAAAGACAAAAAGAUCACAGAGUUGAAGGCACAGUCCUAUGAGAUGGAGAAAGAAUACAGAAUUAAACAACAGACAAUGCAGAAACAACACACUGAGUCCCUGGAAGCUCUUCAAACAAAGAAUCGAGAACUGAUGAAGCAGUUGGCCAGUGUGAAGACAAAAGGAAAGAGUAGGAGCUCCACUGCCAGUCCCAAUGUGGUGACUUAAUGUGGCAUGUGGUGGGUACAGGUGGAGAGAGAGUAAGGAGAGAUAAAACAUGUUACCACAAGCCCCAGAAUAGAUUGCUGAAAGUGUGAGGAGGAUCUGAAGGGGUGGAGAGUAAUUCAGUUUAAGAUGUGUGUUGAGAAAUGAUAGAUGUUUAAAUGUACAUCCACACUGAAACUAACUGAAACUGGCAUUUUAGGUCUUUUUGUAACAAUUUCUGUAUUGUUUUUGAAAAUUCCAGCUGGAAAACUUUCAGUAAGGUUCCUGACUUAAGAACCUAUGAUUUGGCAAGGAAACCUUAAACAUGUUUAAAUCUUUUUUUUUCAAGGAUUUAUAUAGCUGAUAUUACUCAAACAUAAAUAUUUAGAUCCCUGUCUUCAAAUAAGAUAUCAAUAGUAUUGGUACAUGUAUGGUGCCUGUAUCAAGUCCUCAGUUUAUUGAUGGUUGACAUAAAGAUCUGACUUCUGUUUUCUAAUACUUGUACAGAAUGUGUUGUGGAAUUAAGCUUGGUGUUGCUUUGUCAGAGGUUGUAAAGUAAAAUUUUUAGCAGUAAAAGAAAUUCAGUCGUGCUUUCUCAAAGCUUAUUAUGAUUGACUUCCAGUUAAUGAACACAGGUUCAGAGACUUGUAAUCAAACAAUUUUUAUUAAACCUUAUUGCAAUUCUUUGUUCGUUAUACGAAAGUUUUAUCAUCAUCAACAUUGUAUAAAUGGAUCAUUUUAUCUCUAAAGCCAAUCCUGACAACUGUUCCUAUUCUUGUGACAUGUCUUUUAGAGUUAGUACUUGUCCGUAACCUAAACCCUACCUCCUGUAACAGCCUGUCGUUUUUACAUGUUUGAGUACAAUUCAUAGUUACACAUUUACAUAUUUAGCUCUUCUGGGCCAAAGGCUCAAAGAGCUUAUGCUAUGGCCAUUUGUGCAGUGUGCGUAAACUUUUUAGAAUAGAGGCCAUAACUCAAGAACCCCUUGGCCAAUUAUUGUCAAAUUUGUCACAGGGUAUCCUUGGCCCAAGGGCUCCCUUUUACACUAAAACUAGGGUUGUGACCCUUAAAGAAGGGGAGAUAAUUAGGAAAAUAGAAACAAAUGUUGCUAAAAAAAUCUUCUCAAGAACCACUAGGCAGAUUAUCACUAAACUUACACAAAAGGAUGAGGAUAUGUUGUAGAUUAAAAUUUGCAUGAGGAUUUACCCUGGAGCAAAGGGUGUGGUCUCAAGGUCACUUCAAAGUUGACCAAAAAUUACAUUUUAUUAAAAUGUUGAUAUUUUGCUUACUAUAAGGACUAGGAUCAUCAAAUCUUUUCAGUUGAUGCAUCUAAGGACCUCAUAUCAUGUUGACUCAAAAGUAGGUCACGGCGACCUACUUUUUAAAUUUUGCGGCCAUUCUUUUCAAAAUGAUUUAGAGGCAUAUUUUGAACAAUUUAAGGCUUAUGAUCAUCAAACUUUGUCAGUUGAUGUAUCUUGGGUCCUCGAAGUACGUCAACUAAAAAGUAGGUCACCUUGACCUACUUUUUGAACUUUAUGGCUAAUCUUUUUCAAAACAAUUAAGGUCAUUAAUUUGAAUACCGAAAGGUUUAGAAUCAUUAAAUCUUGUAAGAUGAUGCAUCUUGGGGCCAUAAAACAUAUUUAUUAAAAAGUAGGUCACAGUGACCUACUUUUUGAACUUUGCAGGCAUUCGAUUUCAAAGCGUUUUAGAGGCAUAAUUUGAACAUUUUCAGGCCUAUGAUCAUAAAACUUUGUAAGUUGAUGCAUCUUGGGUCCUCAAAAAAGGUCAACUGAAAAGUAGGUCACCAUGACCUACUUUUCAAUUUAUAUGACUAUAAUUAAUUAUUUCAGGUACUAAUUGGCUUAGAAUCAUCAAACUUUGUCAGUUGAUGCAUCUUGUGUCUUCGGAGUAGGUCGACUGAAAAGUAGGUCACCAUGACCCACUUUUGAAAAUCUAUGGCUUUAACUAAAUAUUUCAGGUACUUACUGGCUUAGAAUCAUCAAACUUUGUCAGUUGAUGCAUCUUGGGUCUUCGGAGUAGGUUGACUAAAAAGUAGGUCACCUUGACCUACUUUUGAAAAUUUAUGGCUUUAAUUAAAUAUUUCGGGUACUAAUU